AUGGAUUUCAACAAGCCAGACACGGUUUUGAAUUUGCAAAACAUCAGAGAUGAAUUGGUCAAGAUGGAAAAUACCAUCAUCUUUAAUUUCAUCGAAAGGUCUCACUAUCCGACUUGCCCAUCGGUAUAUAAAAAAAAUCAUCCUGGGCUUGCCAUUCCAGAAUUUGACGGUUCUUUCCUAGACUGGGCUUUGUUGCAUAUGGAAAUGGCUCACUCUCAAUUGAGAAGGUUUGAAUCUCCAGAUGAGACUCCAUUUUCCCCAGAUAAGAUCUUAAAACCUAUCUUGCCUAGCAUCAACUAUCCACAGGUCUUGGCUACUUAUGCCCCUCAGGUCAACUACAAUAACAAGAUCAAACAUAUUUAUGAAAGUGAAAUUGUGCCGUUGAUCUCCAAAUUUGAUGGUGACCAAGCAGAAAAUUAUGGAUCAGUUGCUACUAGGGACAUCGAAUGCCUACAAAGUUUAAGUAGACGUAUUCAUUUUGGUAAGUUUGUUGCAGAAGCCAAGUUUCAAGCAGAUAAGGAUUUAUAUACCAAGAUGAUCCUGGAAAAGGACGUCCAGGGAAUCAUGGCCAAUAUCACAAAUGCCGCCGUUGAAGAAAAGAUACUUCUCAGGCUGACUACUAAGGCUGAAGUUUAUGGUGUGGAUCCUACAAAUAAAGAAGGUGAAAGAAGAAUCACUCCAGAGUAUUUGGUCAAGAUUUACAAAGAAAUUGUCAUCCCAAUCACCAAAGAGGUCGAGGUUGAAUAUCUGUUGAGGAGGCUUGAGGUCGACGCUUAG